AUGGAGACAGAGGCUGAAAAAAAUAUUGAGAUCUGGAAAGUCAAAAAGCUUAUUAAGUCUUUGCAAGAAGCCCGGGGUAAUGGUACGUCCAUGAUUUCUCUUGUUAUACCACCUAAGGGUCAAAUAUCUAUGAUUCAAAAGAUGCUAACGGAUGAAUAUGGUACAGCAUCUAACAUUAAAUCUAGAGUUAACCGUCUAUCCGUGCUUUCUGCCAUUACAUCUACACAACAAAAGUUGAAACUAUAUUCUAAAGUACCACCAAAUGGUUUAGUUCUUUACUGUGGUGAUAUGAUUACUGAUGAAGGAAAAGAAAAAAGAGUCACUUUCGAUAUCGAACCAUAUAAACCAAUCAAUACAUCGUUGUACUUGUGUGACAAUAAAUUUCACACAGAGGUCUUAUCAGAGCUUUUAGAAGCUGACGAAAAAUUCGGUUUCAUUGUCAUGGAUGGUCAAGGUACUCUGUUUGGUUUGCUAUCAGGUAAUACAAGAACUGUUCUGCACAAAUUUACUGUUGAUUUACCAAAAAAGCAUGGUAGAGGUGGUCAAUCUGCUGUUCGUUUUGCACGUCUGAGAGAAGAAAAGAGACAUAAUUAUGUUAGAAAAGUAUCCGAGGUUGCAGUACAAAAUUUCAUUACAGAUGACAAGAUCAACGUCAAGGGAUUAAUCUUGGCAGGUUCUGCUGACUUUAAAACCGAUUUGGCCAAAUCUGAAAUGUUCGAUCAAAGAUUGGCCUCAAAAGUUAUAAAAAUUGUUGAUAUCUCUUAUGGUGGUGAGAAUGGAUUUAACCAAGCCAUUGAGCUUUCUGCGGAAACUCUAUCAAAUGUUAAAUUUGUGCAAGAGAAGAAACUUUUGACAGAUUAUUUCGAUGAAAUCUCUCGUGACACAGGUAAAUUCUGUUACGGUAUUGAUGAUACGCUGAAGGCUUUAGAACUGGGUGCUGUGGAAAAAUUAAUUGUUUUCGAGAACUUAGAAACCAUUAGAUACGUAUGCAAGGAUUCUGAAAAUAAGGAAGUACUGAAGUUCGGGGAACCAAAUCAAGGUGAUAAAUCUUUUGCUAUUGAUAAAACCACUGGUCAAGAGAUGGAAACUGUAGAUGAACAACCAUUUGUCGAAUGGCUUGCUGAGAAUUAUAAGAAUUAUGGUGCCACUUUGGAAUUCAUCACAGAUAAAUCUUCUGAAGGUGCUCAGUUCGUUACAGGUUUUGGUGGUAUUGGUGCGAUCUUACGUUAUAAAGUCAAUUUUGAACAAUUAGCAGAUGAAUCAGAAGAUGAAUACUACGAUGAAAAUGAAGGUUCUGAUUACGAUUUCAUUUAA